CACCGGCAGCAGCCAUGGGCAAAGGGCUGGACGCCGCCGCUGCCCGCUACGGACUGGGACUGGGAUACUUACUGCAAAUGGUCGUGCUGCCCGCCUUGGCCAUCCUGAGCGCCAGCAGCCCCGGCACCGCCGCCCAAGAUGAUGAUUUUUUUCAUGAACUCCCAGAAACCUUCCCUUCUGAUCCUCCAGAACCCCUUCCACACUUUCUCAUUGAGCCAGAAGAAGCCUACAUUGUAAAGAAUAAGCCUGUGAAUCUCUACUGCAAAGCCAGCCCUGCCACACAGAUCUAUUUCAAAUGUAACAGUGAAUGGGUUCAUCAAAAGGACCAUGUGGUAGAUGAGAGAGUCGAUGAAACAUCUGGACUGAUUGUCCGAGAAGUAAGCAUUGAGAUUUCACGCCAGCAAGUUGAAGAACUCUUUGGUCCAGAAGAUUACUGGUGCCAGUGUGUGGCCUGGAGCUCUGCAGGCACUACAAAGAGCCGGAAGGCUUAUGUUCGUAUUGCAUAUCUACGAAAGACUUUUGAGCAGGAGCCUCUGGGGAAGGAGGUGUCCUUGGAACAGGAAGUCCUCCUCCAGUGUCGCCCACCUGAAGGAAUCCCAGUGGCUGAGGUGGAGUGGAUGAAGAACGAAGAGGUGAUUGAUCCUGUUGAAGACCGAAAUUUUUACAUCACUAUCGACCACAACCUGAUCAUAAAGCAGGCACGCCUCUCUGACACAGCCAACUACACUUGCGUUGCCAAAAAUAUUGUGGCAAAGAGGAAAAGUACGACCGCUGCUGUCAUAGUCUAUGUCAAUGGGGGAUGGUCAACAUGGACCGAGUGGUCUGUAUGCAACAACCGCUGUGGAAGAGGCCACCAAAAGAGGACAAGGACUUGUACCAACCCCACUCCACUCAAUGGUGGUGCCUUCUGUGAAGGCCAGAGUUUCCAGAAAACAACUUGCACCACACUGUGUCCAGUGGAUGGGAGAUGGACAGCAUGGAGUAAGUGGUCUACAUGUGGAACAGAGUGUACUCACUGGCGCAGGAGGGAAUGCACGGCUCCAGCACCAAAGAACGGUGGCAAAGACUGUGAGGGUCUUGUCUUGCAAUCCAAGAACUGUACAGAUGGGCUGUGUAUGCAGAGUUUCAUUUACCCUAUUUCAACUGAACAGAGAACCCAGAAUGAAUAUGGAUUUUCUUCUGCACCUGAUUCAGACGAUGUAGCACUUUACGUUGGGAUCGUGAUUGCAGUGAUCGUGUGCCUUGCUAUUUCUGUGAUUGUCGCUUUGUUCAUCUAUCGGAAGAACCACCGGGAUUUUGAGUCAGACAUUAUAGACUCCUCUGCUCUAAAUGGUGGAUUCCAGCCAGUUAAUAUCAAAGCUGCGAGGCAAGACCUCCUGGCUGUACCUCCGGACCUGACAUCUGCUGCCGCCAUGUACAGAGGGCCCGUCUAUGCCCUGCAUGAUGUGUCUGAUAAAAUCCCCAUGACCAACUCUCCCAUUCUUGAUCCACUGCCCAACUUGAAGAUCAAGGUGUACAACAAUUCAGGUGCAGUCACCCCUCAGGACGACCCAUCUGACUUCUCAUCCAAACUCUCUCCGCAGAUCACUCAGUCCUUGCUAGAUAAUGAAGCAUUAAAUAUUAAGAACCAGAGUCUCGCUCGACAAACAGAUCCAUCGUGUACCGCUUUCGGUACCUUCAACUCUCUCGGGGGUCAUCUGAUUGUACCCAAUUCAGGAGUAAGUUUGCUGAUUCCUGCAGGGGCUGUUCCCCAGGGGAGAGUGUACGAAAUGUAUGUGACGGUUCACCGAAAGGAGAACAUGAGGCCUCCAGUGGAAGACAGUCAAACCCUUUUGACCCCUGUGGUAAGCUGUGGGCCUCCAGGAACUUUACUGACACGGCCUGUCAUCCUAACUAUGCACCAUUGUGCAGAACCAAACAUGGAAGACUGGAAGAUCCAGCUGAAGAACCAAACGACCCAAGGACAAUGGGAGGAUGUGGUGGCAGUUGGAGAAGAAAACUUCACCACCCCAUGCUACAUCCAGUUGAAUCCAGAAGCCUGCCAUAUCCUGACAGAAACUCUCAGCACCUAUGCUUUAGUAGGACAGUCAAUCACCAAAGCAGCUGCAAAGCGGCUCAAGCUGGCCAUCUUUGGGCCACUGAUCUGCUCUUCCUUGGAGUACAACAUCCGAGUCUAUUGCCUAGAUGACAACCAGGAUGCCCUCAAGGAAGUGCUACAGCUGGAAAGGCAAAUGGGUGGUCAGUUGUUGGAAGAACCAAAGGACCUGCAUUUCAAAGGAAGCACCCACAAUCUCCGCUUGUCCAUUCAUGAUAUCACCCACUCCCUCUGGAAGAGCAAACUGCUGGCUAAAUACCAGGAAAUUCCCUUUUAUCACAUCUGGAGUGGGUGUCAGAGAAAUCUGCACUGUACCUUCACCCUGGAGAGGUUCAGCCUGAACACCUUGGAGCUCGUGUGCAAACUCUGCAUACGGCAGGUCGAAGGAGAGGGGCAGAUAUUUCAGCUCAAUUGUACAGUUUCAGAGGAACCUACUGGCAUUGAAUACCCACUCAUGGAUCCAGCGAGCACCAUCACCACCAUCGUAGGACCUUGUGCAUUCAGUAUUCCUCUCCCAAUCCGACAAAAGCUUUGCAGCAGCCUAGAUGCUCCUCAGACAAGAGGUCAUGACUGGAGGAUGCUGGCCCACAAACUAAAAUUGGACAGGUACCUCAAUUACUUUGCAACAAAAUCAAGCCCUACCGGUGUGAUCCUAGACCUUUGGGAAGCCCAGAACUUCCCUGAUGGGAACCUGAGCAUGCUGGCCACAGUCCUUGAAGAGAUGGGAAGACACGAGACGGUCGUUUCCUUGGCAGCAGAAGGGAAGUACUGAGGCAGCCUCAAAAUGAGAAGGAAGGAAUGUUAACCAUGCCGGCUGUGACUAACUCCCACUGAGCACCCCAGGGCCAAUGCAUUUCAUAACAAGAGGCAUUCCAGAGGGAAGAGAUGAAACAUCCUGACUUUUCACGCACAUUCUCAAUGUACAUUUUCACAGGAUCCGAAAGUUGUUACCGAAAGUUGUUACCUGGAUAAUAUAAUUCAGUCUAACAUUCCUCUCAGCUUGGCUGUACACCGCUUGGUACAGGGUUUUACAGUUUCCUAGGAAACGCUUUUUAUUGCUAUCCAGAUAUAUGGAUAAACUUUCUUAACAAUCCCAGUUUCUAUGAACAUUGUUUACAUCACAAUCCUGGGCAGCGGGAAGUAAAAAGACUGUCCGUGGCUAUCUUUUUUAUA